AUGCUCCAAGGGGCGCAUGUCUACUCUCAUCAGCACUCCUACAACCCCCAAGCCGAACCAUCAUGGAUGCACCAGCAGAGCCACCAUCAGCAUGCUCAGCAAGCCGCUGCCGCCGCUGCUUCUGCCGCCCAACAGCAACACUACAACCGAAUUGCCGCCAGCCAUAAUUCCGCUACUCCUUUGGGAGGUUUAGGACACGGUCAGGAUACUACUGUUAUGGACAAUGUUACGGAGGAGAAUAAGCGAACUCUUGCUUUUAUUGCCGACCUGUUGAAUGAGGACACGAGGGAGGCAGCACUUUUGGAACUUAGCAAGAAACGGGAACAGGUUCCAGAACUGGCACUGAUCCUGUGGCACUCUUUUGGAGUGAUGACAUCCCUUCUCCAGGAGAUCAUCUCGGUCUACACGCUUCUUAACCCCUCGCAGCUCACGGCGGCAGCCUCGAACCGCGUCUGCAAUGCGUUGGCACUCCUCCAGUGUGUUGCGUCUCACAACGAGACACGCGCUUUAUUCCUGAAUGCACACAUCCCUCUUUUCCUCUACCCCUUCCUCAACACCACCUCGAAGUCUCGGCCAUUCGAAUAUCUGCGACUAACAUCCCUUGGUGUCAUCGGUGCCCUUGUCAAGAACGAUUCCUCGGAUGUGAUCAAUUUCCUCCUCACCACCGAGAUUAUCCCACUGUGUCUUCGAAUCAUGGAGACUGGCUCCGAGCUAAGCAAGACUGUCGCGAUAUUCAUUGUGCAAAAGAUCCUUUUGGACGACCAUGGAUUGAACUACAUUUGUGCUACAUAUGAGCGGUUCUAUGCCGUUGGAACAGUUCUUAGCAACAUGGUUUCUCAGCUUGUGGAGCAGCAGACUGCAAGACUACUCAAGCAUGUUGUGCGCUGCUUUCUACGCCUUAGUGAUAAUGCCCGCGCUCGUGAGGCCCUCCGGCAGUGCCUUCCUGAGCCCCUUCGGGACGCGACGUUCUCCUCUGUCCUCCGAGAUGAUGCUGCUACGAAGCGCUGCCUGGCACAACUCCUGAUCAACCUAUCAGACAAUGUCGUCGAAUCUUCCGGCAACCAUCAGGGCAUAUAA